AUGGCCUUUAUGGCCAACCCCCUGUACCUCUGUGGUGUGGAUCCAGGUGUGGACGUGGCCCAGCAGUCAGAGGUGUGGGAGGAGGGGCUGCUGGGGCCUGCUUGGCUUGGCUCCUCUGCUCCUCUGCACCCAGGGGGCCGUACUACCGGUGGCCUUAGUGGUAAUAAGAACCACUCUGAGACUACCCGCCUCCUGCAGCCACACUCACAGCAGCCUCUGGUACACCCAUUGCCGGUUUCCAUCCAGAGAGGGUUGCAGGCCUCUCUAUCCUCUGCAGAUGUUAGGAAAGAGGAUGAACCAUCUUCUCAAACUGUUACAAACCAAACAGUCUCAAAGAAAUCUGUCAGAACACAAGAAGCUCCAGUGACCAGUGACGAUCUUGUAAUUAGCCUUUGUAGACUCCCUCUGAGAAGCACGAGAUCUGAUUCAGCAUACAGAACAAAUAAAAAUACUAAGAAGAAUGAAUUAGAAGCCUCCAGGGUUGAACAGAAGGUCAAUUUCUCUGAAGAAGGAGAAACUGAAGAGGACGGCCGAGGUGGUUCUCACAGUGAUAUCACUACUGUGAAGGUCAGAUCCGGGGAUUCUUUUGAAUCUGGAGAAGUAGCUGAACAGCCCCCAAAUGACUAUUUUUUCAAGAAGAAAUGGUUUUUGUGCCUACUUGUUGUGAUAAGUAUUCUUGUCUUGUGGAAUUUUUCUUUUACUCAUACUCCUGAGGUAGAAACUACUGCUGUUCAAAUGUUCCAGCACCAGAUGAAACAACUUAGAAAUAAGUACCAAGGUCAAGAUGAGAAGCUGUGGGAAAGAAGCCUAGUGUUCCUUCAGAAACAUCUUAAUAGCUCCCAUCCUUGGCCUCAGCCUGCUAUCUUGCUGCUUACUGCUCCCCAAGAGGUGGAAGAAGCACUUAAAUGUCUGAGUGAAUAAAUUGCUGAUGCCUCUUCUUCCUUUCAGAGUGUCCAUGCCAUCCUGACUGAUGGGACAGGCAAAGCUGCUCAAGACAGUGAUGCUGUCAAAUGGGAGGUAGAUCAGGAAUUGAGCAAUGGUUUCACAACUGGCCAGAAUGCAGCUGUAGUGCACCACCUUGAAUCACUGCCUGCAGGCUCUACUUUAAUCUUUUAUAAAUACUAUGAUCAUGAAAAUGCAGCCUUCAAAGAUGUAGCCUUAGUCUUGACCAUCCUAUUGGAGGAGAAAACCCUUGGAACCAGUCUAGGCCUAAAGGAAAUUGAAGAAAAAGUGAGAGAUUUCCUCAGAGUGAAGUUCACCAGCUCUAGCACCCCCAGCUCCUAUAAUCAUAUGGACCCAGACAAACUGGAUGGGCUUUGGAGCCAUAUUUCUCACUUAGUCCUGCCUCUACAGCCCGAAAAUGCUCUGCAAAGGGGUAUCCUCUUGUGA